AGGUGUGAAAUGUAAUGUUCUAGAAACCGAACAUCAUUUAGUCAAUCCAAACCAACGAGCGCUGAAAUCUGGUUUGGUACAUUGAAAGAGUAAACAAACAAACAAACAAACAAAAGCAUCUCACUUUGCUUCUUCUUCACCCCAUUCAACCACCACCGUUAUCAAUGGGUAGAGCCACUCUAAUAACAACCGCGGUAGUUUUCUUAGCCAUCGGAGUAAUUUUCUCACCAGAAACAUUCGGAUCAAAAUCCACCACUCUUUCCACUUACAUCAAACUCGCUCAUCUCCUCGGCUUCUCCAUCGCUUUCGGCGCAGCUCUAUGGGUAACCUUCAUCGGCGGUAUCAUCAUGUUCAAGAAUUUGCCUAGGCAUCAAUUUGGUAAUCUUCAAAGCAAAAUGUUUCCAGCUUAUUUCUCAAUGGUUGGUGUUUGUAUUGCUGUCACUGUGGCUUCCUUUGGUUAUCUUCAUCCGUGGAAAACUUCUUCCACUAGUCAAAGAUACCAGCUUGGAUUCUUGAUCUCCGCUCUUGCUUUCAAUCUUACCAAUUUGUUCGUCUUUACACCAAUGACAAUUGAGAUGAUGAAACAAAGGCAUAAAGUGGAGAGAGAGAAUAGUAUUGGAGAGGAAGUUGGAUGGUCAAAAAAUGUCGAAGUUGCAAAGAAAAAUCCAAAGCUUGCAAAGAUGAAUAAGAAGUUUGGUAUGAUUCAUGGGUUAUCUUCCCUUGCCAACAUCAUGUCAUUUGGAAGCCUUGCAAUACACUCUUGGUACUUGGCAGGUAAACUUGAUCUCUGAUUCAGUUUUUGCCUCCCAUUCUAGUAGAGAUACUUGUCUGUGCAAUUUGUGAAAUGUAUUAUCAAAGCAUCACACAGUAUUGAUUUACCAAGAGUGUCCUGUGUCUUGCUGUGCAAACGUAAUGUAAUGUGCAAACAUAAUGUAAUCGCCUUAGUUUACUUGAAUAAAAUAAUUAGUCCAUGUACCUUUCUGUAGUCAAAGGUAUACAUACAUUAUGCUAUAAAUUAUAUAAGGUACUCAUUUGAUUUUUCUCA